UCCGUUCGUAAAUUGUGUUGUACUUCCGUUUGAUUGCACCGUUGGGACGAGCUCGUUGUUGUCCCAGUUGAAGACUCGUUUUUACUUCUCCUCUCGGUUGUAAAUCGUCGGCCAGGCAGCCAUGUCUAGCCGAGACGCGCUCAACAUGAAGGUGCCGCCGAUCCAGUCCACGGCCGGAGCCGUGCCGGUCCGGAACGAGAAAGGUGAGCUCUCCAUGGAGAAGGUGAAGGUGAAGAGGUAUGUGUCAGGCAAACGUCCCGACUACGCGCCGAUGGAGUCGUCAGAUGAGGAAGAGGAGGACUUCCAGUUCGUGAAGAAGGGAAAGGAAGCGGAGCCAGAGGUGGAGCUGGAGGAGGAGGAGGUCUCGGACCCACGUCUGAAACGUUUGCUCAACCGUGUCUCUGAGGACGUGGAAGAGAGGCUCGCCAGACACAGACAGAUCGCUGAGCCCGAGGUUGUGGCUGAGAGCAGCGAGGACUCUGAUGAAGGCACGUGGCACCCAGAGCGCGAGGAGAGCAGCGAGGACGAAGAGGAGGAAGAGGAAGAAGUGGACGAUGAGGAAAUCGAGAGGAGACGAGCGAUGAUGCGUCAACGCGCCGUGGAGAGAAAGAACGAGGAGAUGGAAGUCAUGGAGGUGGAGGAGGAAGGGAAGUCUGGGGAGGAGUCAGAGUCUGAGUCUGAAUACGAAGAAUACACAGACAGCGAGGAUGAAGCAGAGCCAAGACUCAAACCUGUCUUCAUUCGCAAAAAGGACCGAGUGACGGUGGCCGAGCGCGAAGCGGAAGAGCUGAAGCAGAGGGAGCUGGAGGCGGAGGCCAAGAAGCAGGCGGAGGAGCGGCGGCGCUACACGCUCAAGAUCGUGGAGGAGGAGGCGAAGAAGGAGUUUGAGGAGAACCGGCGCACGCUGGCCGCUCUGGACGCUCUGGACACGGACGGAGAGAACGAGGAGGAAGAGUACGAGGCCUGGAAGGUCAGAGAGCUGAAGCGGAUCAAGAGGGACAGAGAGGCCAGAGAAGCCAUGGAGAAGGAGAAGGCUGAAAUUGAGCGAUUCCACAACUUGACGGAGGAAGAGCGCAGAGCUGAGCUCCGCAACAGUGGCAAACAAGUCACCAACAAAGCUUCCAAAGGCAAAUACAAGUUCCUCCAGAAGUACUAUCACAGAGGAGCCUUCUUCAUGGACGAGGAGGAGGACGUUUACAAGAGGGACUUCAGCUCUCCUACGCUGGAGGAUCACUUCAACAAAACCAUCUUACCCAAAGUCAUGCAGGUCAAAAACUUUGGCCGGUCCGGACGCACCAAGUACACCCACCUGGUGGACCAGGACACCACGUCCUUCGACUCGGCCUGGGCCCAGGAGAGCGCUCAGAACAGCAAGUUCUUCAAGCAGAAGGCGGCGGGCGUGAGGGACGUGUUCGACCGGCCCACGGUGAAGAAGAGGAAGACUUAAGAGGCGCUUCAACAGGACACGGUGCAGCUUUAGAGACUGAGCAGAGAUUUAGCUGCUUCCUGAUGACACGUUUUCUUUUCCUGGACUUAAUGUUGUGGAAGGGAAGCAACAAAUCGAUCGGUGCACCAUCACAUUUCUAUCAAAGUCCAGCUGUUAAAAUGGCUCGAGAUACUUCCUCCAGUUUGAGGCUGUGUUGUGAAGUAAUUUUGUAAAUAAUCCGCUCGUAACGUGACCUCGUAAAUUGAGCCUCGCGCAGAUUUUCCUUCUUUCCAGAUAUUGUAACUUGACGUUUGAAUAAAAGCCGUAUUUUUGUUGUUUUUACACACAAA